CAUUCAAAACACACGUAGUCUUGACACUAGCUUUACACCUGCACUUCCUUUCCCCAUUUUAUUUCUUUUGAUUUCUUUUUAUAAAGAUUCCACCUUCAUCAAUAUCUAAAGCAAGGGAAAAGAAGCCUUGAAUUGAACAAUUAUUAGAAGCAAAUGAAAGAAAAAGUCUCUUUCCCGACUCCAUAAAGCAAACCCACUAGCCAUAACAUACCUUUCCUAUCUCUUAAGCCCAUUGUCUUCCUUCUCACUAAGUUUAGCAUCCUAGCUUGUCUCCUUCACCACCAAGAAAAUAACACUCAUUGGUUCUUCUGCAUAUUAGGAGCACAUCAUUGUCUUCUCUCAUUCAUACUCCCAAUAGAAAUUUCAUAGUCUCCUCCAUAUAUCUCCUUUUCAUUUCAAGCAAGAGAGAGAGAGAGAGAGAUGGGUGCAGAUUGGGGGCCUGUCAUUGUCGCGGUGGUUUUGUUCAUCCUCUUGUCACCAGGGUUGCUGUUCCAACUACCAGCAAGAGUAAGGGUGAUAGAGUUCGGGAACAUGAACACAAGCGGGAUUGCCAUUCUGGUUCAUGCCAUUAUAUACUUUUGCAUAUUCACCAUUUUGGUCAUUGCAAUUGGCAUUCACAUACACGUUAAUUGAUCUAAACUAUGUAACUUUUCUUUGCGACUUUUCUAAUUUCUCUGUUCUUUGUAACUUUUCCUCUUAAUGUUCCUUACUUGGCUCCUUAUUAAGUGUUAUGCGGAUGCCUAGUAGGUUUGGUUCUCAUUAAAAGAGAAAUCCAUAAAUUGUCUUAUUUGGUA